CACACGGCAUCCAUUUGCUCGGGUACCGAGAUCUCCGCCUCUUCUCCAGACCAGAGCAGAGCAGAGACGCAGCAGAGACAUUUCGAGCACGAGCAGGGGCCCCCAUGGCGGCGAUGGCGACGAACCGGCGCGUGAUCCUCAAGGAGUACGUGGAGGGGUACCCUCGCGAGGAGCACAUGGAGCUGCUCCCGGGCGCCGAGGUGCCCCUCCGUCUCACCGGCGACGAGCCCCCCGGGUCCGUCCUCGUCCGGAACCUCUACCUCUCCUGCGACCCCUACAUGCGGCCCAAGAUGUCGCGGCCGCUGCGCGAGUCCUACACGGCCGCCUUCGUCCCUGGCUCCGUCAUCACCGGCUACGGCGUCGCUCGCGUGCUCGACUCCUCCGACCCGCGCCUCGCCCCGGGGGACCUCGUCUGGGGCAUCACGGGCUGGGAGGACUACAGCGUCGUCAGGCCCCCCGUCACCGCGUUCCUCGCCAAGAUCUCACACCACGGCGGCGAGGGCGGCGUCCCGCUCUCCUACUACACGGGCAUCCUCGGCAUGCCGGGGCUCACCGCGUACGUGGGGUUCCACGAGAUCUGCGCGCCCAAGGCCGGCGAGACCGUGUUCGUCUCCGCGGCGUCCGGCGCCGUGGGCCAGCUGGUGGGCCAGUUCGCGCGGCUCGCCGGGUGCCGCGUCGUCGGCAGCGCCGGGUCCGCGGAGAAGGUGGAGCUGCUCAGGACCAGGUUCGGGUUCCACGACGCGUUCAACUACAAGGAGGAGCCCGACCUCGCCGCCGCGCUCCGGCGGUGCUUCCCGGAGGGGAUCGACAUCUACUUCGAGAACGUGGGCGGCGCGAUGCUGGACGCCGUGCUGCUCAACAUGCGCGUGCACGGCCGGAUCGCCGUCUGCGGGCUCAUCUCGCAGUACAACCUGGCGGACGAAGAGAAGGACGCCGUGCGCAACCUGUCCGCCGUCGUCGCCAAGCGGCUCCGGCUGCAGGGGUUCAUCGAGCCCGACCACAAGCACCUGUACCCAAAGUACGAGGGGUGGGUGCUCCCCUACAUCAGGGACGGCACGCUCGCCUACGUCGAGGACGUCGCCGAGGGGCUCGAGAGCGCGCCCAAGGCGCUCAUCGGGCUCUUCCACGGGCGCAACGUCGGCAAGCAGCUCGUCCGCAUCGCCGACGACGCUGAAACCGGCGCCUGAAUUGGAUCGGAUCCGUCGAUGUACCACUACUCUGUUUCGGAUUUUCUUUCCAUGACAUGAGGAAUAAAUUGUGCAAUCGAUGCUGGCUUCAGAAAUGUGGCUGCCUUUGAGUUUGGCGGAGAUAAUUGCAGGGAACGAUGGAGUUUUGACGGCGGGGCUCUGAACUCUGAAUGCCCUGCUGCGUCUUCGGUGGGGACUGGGGAGUGACGACUCUGGGAGUAUGGUGGUUCGGUGCUGCAGUUAAACUGUUGCCGAAAUGCCCAUUCGAGCAUGGAGAGCGGAAGGGUGCUCGCAAUUCUGAACAAAUUGUGUUCUGAACUUCUCAUGUCCUAUGGACUACAAUCAACAAUCUCUACUAAUUUCUUCA